UCAACGCACAUCCAUCUGAACCUUCCGCACCUGCAUCCAAGAUUGAUUUCCCAACUUGACCAAGUACACCUUCAACCUCAGUUAGUGCAUGAACUGAAUCCAUGCACUUCAAGAAACCUCCACCCAGCAUCCAGAAUGUCUCCACCUUCAACACUUCAGGCAACAAGGAACUCAAGACAUUCAUGAACAAAUUGACAAAUCACUUUGAGAUGUAUCAUGACUAUUUUGCACUCAAUGAAAAAGGCAAGAUAGCAACUGCAGCAGCAUUCCUCAGCAAUGACUUGAUCAAUCACUGGAUGCAUGAGAGGAAGAGCAAUCCAGAUGCUACUUGGGAAACUUUUCAAGCCUUCUGCCAAAGAGAAACUGCAGAUCCAUGUCUCCAAUGAUGCAAUGCAGCACUAAACUACCAUAGGGCAAACCAAAGAGAAUAUCAAUCAGUAACUGAAUUUGCCAAUGUUCUGGACAGCCUGGAAGAGCAAGCAGGACUGAGUUACAAAGACCACCAAUGAAAAGUACA